ACACAGUUUUAUUUAUGGUUAAACUACAUGAGUUUCUCAGAGUGGAGAAGUUUCUGUAAUCUUCAUUAAGUGAAGCUAAAGGGUGUACUGAGACCCCCCCCUCACCCAGCCUGUGAAAAUGGACACUGCUGGUGUAUUUAUAGACCAGACACGAAGAGCACACUUUCUUAAGAGACCAACCGUUGCACUCAUUCGUCAUAACCACAUGAUAUUUCGUUCUAGAAGCUACUGUGUCCUUUUCACAGAUUUAAUCGCUUUAAGAUACACAGAUGAUUUCAGUGUUCUGACCAGACGUACGCCAAGAGAAAUACCGUAAGCUAUGGAGAAACCAGUUUUACAAACGCAGCCCUCCAUGCUGCCCUUCUUCGAUGCGGCCCAUGCUGUCAACUUGCUCCGCGGCAUACACGAGCUUCGCGCCGAGCGCAAGUUCUUCGACGUCACGUUGUGCGCCGAAGGCAAAGAGUUCCACUGCCAUCGAACUGUGCUAGCAGCUGCAAGCACCUACUUCCGGGCCAUGUUUGCCGGCACACUGCGAGAGAGCGUCAUGGACCGCGUGGUGCUACAUGAAGUGUCAGCUGAACUGUUGGGUCUCCUGGUGGAUUUUUGCUAUACAGGUCGCGUGACCGUCACGCACGAAAACGUGGACCUCCUGCUCAAGACGGCGGACCUCUUCCAGUUCCCAUCCGUCAAAGAAGCGUGCUGCGCAUUCCUGGAGCAGAGACUUGAUGUUUCCAACUGCUUGGAAAUCCAGGACUUCGCAGAGGCUUACGCCUGUCGCGAACUAGCAACUAGUGCUCGCCGUUUCGUGCUGAAGAACAUCGUGGAGCUGGCGAAGAGCAUGGACUUUGAACGAUUGUCGUGGAAGCGGUUGCUGGAGUUUGUGUCUGAUGACGGACUGUGUGUGGAUAAGGAAGAAACAGCGUACCAGAUUGCCGUGCGCUGGGUUAAAGCCGACUUGCAGCAUCGGUUGCAUUACUGGCCUGAGUUGUUGCAGCAAGUUCGCCUGCCCUUUGUUCGCCGUUUCUAUCUUCUGGCCCACGUGGAGAGUGAUCCACUGGUCUACUUGUCACCAGCCUGUUUACGGUUAGUCAGUGAGGCACGGAGCUUUCAGUCUUACGAAUAUGACCGCCAUGACCGACCCAGUCACCGAAUGCGCCCACGUCCCUCCACCGGCCUGGCCGAAAUUCUGGUGGUGAUAGGAGGAUGUGAUCAAGACUGUGAUGAACUUGUUACUGUGGAUUGUUACAACCCACAGACCGGACAGUGGAGAUACUUAGCAGAAUUCCCAGACCAACUUGGAGGUGGCUACAGCAUAGCUGCCCUGGGCAAUGACAUUUACGUGACAGGUGGCUCAGACGGAUCACGUCUGUAUGAUUGUGUGUGGCGAUACAAUUCCAGUGUGAAUGAGUGGACGGAGGUCUCCCCCAUGCUGAAAGCCAGAGAGUACCACAGCUCGUGCGUCCUGAAGGGUCAGCUCUAUGUGGUAGCCUCUGACAGCACAGAGCGCUACGAUCAUACCCUAGACUGUUGGGAGGCCCUUCCGCCCAUGCCACAUCCCAUAGAUAACUGUUCUACUACAGCAUGUAGGGGGCGACUCUAUGCCAUUGGCUCCUUAACUGGAGAGGACACCAUGGCAAUUCAGUGCUACGAUGCUGAAAGCAACCGCUGGUCGCUAGUGAACAGUGGAGAGCUGCCUCCGUGGUCCUUUGCCCCCAAAUCAGUGACCCUAAAUGGGUUAAUCUACUUUGUAAGGGAUGAUUCAGCGGAAGUAGAUGUGUACAACCCACAGAAAAACGAAUGGGAUAAGAUUAGUCCCAUGACACAAGUUCAUGUUGGAGGCAGUGUCUCUGCUCUUGGCGGGCGACUCUAUGUGUCCGGUGGUUAUGACAACACUUUUGAGCUAUCUGAUGUGGUGGAGGUCUACGACCCCUCUGUUCGAUCUUGGACCCCAGCUGGCCGGCUCCCCCAGCCCACCUUCUGGCAUGGAAGCGUCAGCAUAUUCCGACAGUUCAUGCCUCAUGUUCCAAGCACCUUUGAACCCAUCGACAUACCUGAGGCUAACGCCAUCCACCUCCACAGACACCACCGCAACCAGGCACUUCACAACCACAACAAUAAUGUCAAUCAGAACCGCAACCAAGAUGUCAAUGAAGUGCACUGAGAACUUUUUUUUCGAAAGAUGAGUCUGAAUGUCAUUCAGUGUGACAUUGCUAUUCUGUGUUUUGCACUUUAUGACAUGUUCACCUCAACUGGGCAGCAAAGGGAGCUGGUGAAUGGACAAUCAAUGUUUGCAUUUUUUCUCCCAUUAACCCAGUGUUACUACAGCUUUAAUUGUUGCAUGCAUUUCUAAUGCUGACUGUGUUUACCCUAAACAGAGACUUGAGAGAAGUGGCUCAUGAAAUAGUGCCUAUCAUGUAUCGCUAUCAUGAAUUUCAAGCAAUCGAUACCAUGGAAAUUGCAUGAAGGUUAUGCUAUUUUUUCUUUAAUUAAUUGUUUAAUUCAGCAUGGAUCUCCUAAAGUGAUUUGCAACAUUCAAGUCAACAUAGACAAAAAAUUUAAUAUAAUAUAAGGCCAUAACCUUAAUGUGAAGUAAAAUUGUUUCUUAAAAAAUAUAAUUUUGAGACCCAAUCAUUCCAAAAGGUGAAAAUUUGGUGUGUAUAUGCAUGUUUAUAACGUAUUCUGCAAUGUGGAUAACAAAUGUUAUUUUAUAUACAGUUAAAAGUCUAAAAUUAAUUAUUUAGGAGAAUUCGAGAUUUUCCAAAAACAAGACAACAGAUAAACAACUGUGUCCCAGCACCCAUUGCAACCCAUUGUUUAAUAUUCAUUUUACUAGAAUUUUAUAUUUCAGACAAUCUAGCGUGCAUGCAGUGAUCACAUUUUUUGUGAAUUUGUAUCCGACUUGCUUUUCAACUCAUAUUUUAAUAUUAAAUUUAUUAUGUAGUCAUAGUUUAUUUUAGAGGAAGGUGUUAGUUUACGAGAAACAGCUUGUUUAUUAAACCGCCUGCGAUCAUGAAGAAAACACGAGGAAUGGAUGUCAAAUAUUGUAUUCGGAUGCUGUACUAAUAACUGGAAGUAGUAAUUCAGUAUCUCGUUAUUGAAUAAACGUAUGUGUUUGACGAUACCAGUACUUAUGAAACUAAUUAUUUACAACACGCUUAAACGGUACUUGAUGUUUAUUUUAUUUUUUUCUUACAGAAUGUUUAGUUUGUGGCCAAAACCAUUUGUACAUUACAGACAAGGCAAUGAUUUGUGUAAUGUUUGUUUGCGUGGUCAACCAAUAAAUGACUGCCAGCACUGUUA